AUGUGGCAGCCAGCCGCCCUCUCCUUUCCCCUUUCCCCAGGCGUCAACUACCUGAAAAUUUUACUGCUCUCGGAAGAAUUUUCAACUGGCGAGAAUGCGAUCACGUUGGGUAUCACUUUGCCCUUCAAUACAGUGGAAGAGCUCAACGCAUUUGACGAAAUCCUCAGGGACAGUCCCGAAAAGAAGAAAAUCUCGCAAUCAGUGAUGGCAACGAGAUGUACGGGAUCAACGAGUCUGAAGGAAAGUCUCACAGCUACUCUAUCCGGCCUUCUAUCGAAACAAUUACAACUCGAGUAUUCGGCUUGUGGAAAGGAAACUCGUGGCCACACAAAGCUUUCUUUCAAAGAUACAUCCAUAUAUGGAUGUUUAGAAGCGGUUCUUAUCGAGAUACAUAGUGUUUCAGCCACUUUGAUCGUCUCAAAGAUGAGUAGAUGGUUCACAGGAGCUAUUGAUCGCUCAGGAAACGGAAGACGGCGUACAGCACCACGUCCCAGGCAAUAAAAUCAUC